ACGCUUCGUUCCCGCUGAGUCGAGGCCUCGCGAGAUCGUUUGAUGAGGGGCGUAGCGGAAGCUGUUCUGCGGCUCUCCUGCUGAGAGGGCGGAUUGGCCCUCGCUGUUUCCCUUGUCUAUGCGAAAGACAGAGCCAGAGGUCGGGCAGAAAGGGCAGCGCGGACGAGAGGCAAAGCUAAGCCGGGCGUUCCCGGAGAAGGCUUCAGGGAGAGAGCGCCUUUUCCUCUUCGUUGCCAUCCAAGAGCGACCCGAGCAUGGAAGCUGUCGCCAAAUACGAUUUCAAAGCCACCGCAGACGAUGAGCUCAGUUUCAAACGGGGAGAUAUUCUGAAGAUAAAACUAAAGCAACUCAGAUGCCAUGUUUGGGGAGAAAAGAAAAGGCUGGAAGGCUUAAAUCAGGUUUUGAAUGAAGAAUGCGAUCAAAAUUGGUACAAGGCAGAACUCAAUGGCAAAGAUGGCUUCAUUCCCAAAAAUUAUAUUGAAAUGAAACCACAUCCGUGGUUUUUUGGGAAGAUACCUCGAGCAAGGGCUGAGGAGAUGUUGGGUAAACAGAGACAUGAUGGUGCCUUCCUCAUCAGGGAGAGUGAAAGUGCUCCUGGUGAUUUCUCCCUCUCAGUCAAAUUCGGAAAUGAUGUGCAGCACUUCAAGGUGCUUCGAGACGGUGCUGGCAAGUAUUUCCUCUGGGUGGUAAAGUUCAAUUCUCUGAAUGAGCUGGUAGACUAUCACAGAUCAACCUCUGUCUCCAGGAAUCAACAGAUAUUCCUCCGAGACAUUGAGCAAGUGCCUCAGCAACCCUCCUACGUACAGGCUCUUUUUGAUUUCGACCCUCAGGAGGAGGGAGAGCUCGGCUUCCGCCGUGGAGACUUUAUCCAGGUCCUUGACAAUUCUGACCCCAACUGGUGGAAAGGAGCCUGCCACGGACAAACAGGCAUGUUUCCACGCAACUACGUAACCCCAGUGAACCGGAACAUCUAGAGCAGAUGGCUGAAGAUUAUUUAAGGAAACAGGAAAAACAGUAAAGUCCUCAUUCAGAAUCUAACAGCAGCCAGUGAUCUCCAGUCAUCAGGCCAUAAAACCAAGUUCCCUCUCUGCAUGAGGGGGAACACUUUUUUUCACUCAGAAUGGAACUUUGUGGGGAGGGGACAGGAGAAGGGUCCAACUUAUGCACCAAAACUUAUCUUUAAAUUAAAAUGGAUAUUAACAGUUUUCUUUGGUUAUUUCUGGGGUGACCCUUUUUGUUCAUUGGUCCCUUUUCUCCCCAACACCAGUGCACCAGUGCAUCAGUGUAUGAAGUGUUAUUGCUAUAUGAAGUCCAUGCUAUGCCAUGAAAGGAAGAGAGGAAGCUCUGUUGGUAUCUGUUAUUCAUGCAAACGGUCUUCAUGAAGGGACUGAGAGAGGAGCCAAAUGCAUUAGCCAGUUUUUUAAAUACACACACAAACAUGCCAAUUCUUCUUCUACCUUCAGUGUUUUGCCUGACUAAGAUAAGGUCUUAAUUUUUUUCCUCGCUGCUUUUCAGUCUGAAACUUGUACAGCUGUUGAGCAGAGGGGAAGAUGGUAAAUAGGUUGUAGGAUUUUUCUGAGAAAAUCUGUAUUACAACCAGAUCCUGUUUUCAUUAACCACAACAGCUUUUAGGGUUUUUUUAACUGUGUGAUUAAGCAUGUUCUUCUGUUUUUUAAUUAGUGCCUUUCCCUCAUUUCCUAUUUUUAAAAGGACAGUCCAUAGUUUUCAAUUUGUUCCUGUUUUUAUGUAAAUAUUUAAGAGGUUGAAUGAGAGGAAUGUAACUUUAUUACAUGAAAAGAUCUCCAUAUACCAGAUGGGGCUUUAAAAUAUGUAUAAGCAUCUGAUAUUUUUCAUACUAGUUGGGGAAAAGGCAUAAAAUGUUCCAAGACCCGCAGCCUGGUGGUUCUUGAGCAAGAGAGAGAAAAUUGCCCCAGUUUGAAGAAAUGGACCAUAUUUUACAAAGCUUAAAAUGAAAUACCAAAUUAUUUUUCCCAAAGACAGUAAGAAGGCCUCAAGAAAUCGUGCUUAAUUAUAGGGAAUGCUCGACCCUGAUGCUUGGGGGUGAGCAGUCCAGUCCUCUCCCAAGUUGGCUGACUCACAGUUGCAAUCCGUGACUGGUUCCCAAGCAGGAAUGGCCUUCCAGCAGUUCCCCAUUUUUCUACACCAGUAUUACCUACCGUAGCUGGAAGUCAUGUUUCUUACUCUCAAAUCCCAGAAGGGAGAUUGUAUUCAACUUUUUAUCCUGAUCAAACUCAUAGUGCCACGCAUAAUGUGAUGAGUGGACUUAGACUUUAAGACAAGGGAGAGCAGCCUGCAGAGCUCCUGUGCCAACCAGUUACCUUACUCCUUUUACCGAGCCGCAUGCCUGGAACUUCCACCUUAGUAA